GGUUAUUCAUCAAAAGAAAGAUGGCUGAAGUGGUAGAGCUCCAAAAGCUGAAGCUUGCAGAGCUGAGGCAGGAAUGCGAGGCGAGAGGUUUGGAAACGAAGGGAAACAAAGGGGAGCUUAUCGCCCGUCUGCAGACAUAUCUGGAGGAGCAUGAAGAAGACUUGGAUGUGAACGAUGAUGUUUUAGCAGAGGACAUAGAGGAAUUUGCUAAAGUUGAGACUGCCACCACCAAUGUGAAAGUCACCAAGGAUCCUGAAUCGCCUGAAAGUGAGCUGCCUGUUGAAAAGAAAUUGGUUAAAAUAACUCCUCCAUCAUCCUCCAGUGAGAGAAUGCUGAAAAGAGCUGAGCGUUUCAAUGUGCCUGCAUCUGCUGAAAGCAAAAAGGCCGUACGUGCUGCAAGGUUUGGCUUACCGACUGAUGCUUCAAGUCCUUCACCAGGUGUUGUUGCCAACAGUAAAGCUGCUGUGAACAUCGAUCAGCUGAAGAAGAGAGCACAAAGAUUUGGCAUGAAUGUUUCUUCUAUCUCACAAAAGGCUGAGGAGGAUGAGAAGCUGAAGAAAAGGAAGGAGAGGUUUGGAAUCCUCACCGGUGCAGCUUCAGGUGGUGCAGAUGUUGAGGCAAAGAAACUGAAGCGUGCUGAAAGAUUUGGAAUGGUGUAAAUAACAACUGUUAAGUUUUUGUGCUUAAAGCAAGUUCACAACUGUUCACCGCUUUAUUUCCAUGUCCAUUUUUGUAAGGUUUUGUGAUUAAAAUAAAUUGUUUUCAAUUAUUAGAUAUUUGCUUCUUUGAUAUACUUCUAUUGUAAUACCUCUUGCUUUACAUCUCACUGUAAUGGCUGCUGGUUUAUCACCAUGUCUUGAAUUGUAUUUCGUUGACUGGGGAUGGUUUAUCGGUACAGCAACUUAAAUGACACUUAAAAAAGUGAAAAGUAAUAACAA